AUGGCGUCCGCGUUUGGUGGAGGGGCUGUGGAUCCCGAGACUCUGUACACGAAGCAGGCCUGCAUUGGCGGUGGCAGCUUUGGCAAGGUGUACAAGGGUGUCGAGAAACGUACUGGUCAAGCCGUGGCCAUCAAGGUCAUUGAUGUCGAGAAUGCAGAAGACGAGGUCGACGAUAUCAUACAGGAGAUCUCCAUCCUCUCUGGCCUCAACUCCCCAUACACCACAAAGUACUAUGGCUCCUAUCUCAAAGGCUCUGACCUGUGGAUCAUCAUGGAAUACUGCUCUGGUGGUAGUUGUGGCAACCUCAUGAGACCUGGUAGCAUUCCCGAGGAGUACAUCAUCAUCAUCAUCCGCGAAUUGCUCAUGGGUCUGGAAUAUCUACACAACGACAACAAACUCCACAGAGAUAUCAAGGCUGCAAACGUCCUUCUUGGCUCAAACGGCCAAGUAAAGCUUGCCGACUUUGGUGUCUCCGGACAGCUCUCUGCUACUAUGACAAAGAAGAAUACCUUUGUGGGCACUCCCUUUUGGAUGGCUCCGGAAGUCAUCAAACAAUCAGGAUACGACCACAAGGCUGACAUUUGGUCUCUUGGUAUCACCGCUCUGGAGCUGGCCUACGGAGAGCCUCCGUACGCAGACAUUCAUCCUAUGAAAGUCCUCUUUCUCAUUCCCAAGAACCCCCCUCCCCAGCUCGAAGGCAACUUCAGCCAGGCCUUCAAGGAUUUCGUCAAUCUUUGUUUGCGUAAAGAGCCGAAAGAGAGACCAAGCGCUAAGGAACUCCUCAAACACCCAUGGAUUCGCAGGGCUAAGAGGACUACAUAUUUGACCGAGCUGAUUGAAAGAUAUGAAAGGUGGCAGACGCGUCACGGUGAACGCGAAGAGGACGAUGAGGAUUCUCGCGAGCCAUCACCACCUCGUAGUUCCGAGGAAGAAGACCUGUGGGAUUUUGGUACAGUCCGACCCCUGUCGCGGAGAGCACCGGGGCUGAAAAUCAUGAACGAGGCCGCUAUGAACACCCGCAAUCAGACUGCCGAGCAACAAUCUCCCACUAAGCAGACUGGUCAUAGGGCAGGAGAAGAAAAUUCUAGUCGUCGCACCGUUCGAGCGGCUCCCAAUAUGCCACCCCCGCCAUUACCUAGAGAUCUCUCCCCUUCCAAACGACCAACCUCAUCAUCGGACAUGGUGCCCCCUUCACCCAGUGUUGCUGCUCGUGUCCCACUACCGGCGUCACCUAUCAAGAAGGUGCCACAAACACCUCCCGAGACUCCACGCACGCCACAAUCGACAACCUCGAGACACAUGGCCAGUCAACCGCAAUUCAAGUCGACGCCGCAGCAGAUCAACGACGAUUUCAUACAGCAAUCCAUCGCUGCAGACAUGUCUUCCUACAUGAAGGGCCUCUCUCUGAAUGAUAGAGCAAACGAGCAAGCCCGACCUUCGACACCAGCUGCACAAAAGCAGGCCAGCACAUCAAACUAUGGCCCAUCGAGAUCGCCCGAAAAAUCAAACGCUAGCCCCUUUCCGCUCGAGAGAACGUCAUCUUCGUUGAGUGUCCAACAACAGCAAGUGCAAUUGCAACAGCAACAACCUCAACCUCGAGCUCCACCACAGCAGCAGCCCCUGCCGUCACUCGCGCCUCGCAGACCGAGUCCGCCUGCUUGGCCCGGAACUACCGGAGCUUCAAAGUUCCAGGUGCCAGAAGCUCAAGCUAGGUCUAGGCAAGAUUCCGACACUCAGUCCAGAUUGCGAUACGAUUCAGAUGCUCAGAGUAGACUGAGACAGAACUCGGACGCUCAACUCAGAAACCGACAAGGCUCAGACGCCCAGCUGAAGACACAGCAGUCAUUUGAUUCCAUGCAGAGCAGCUCAUCAAGCAGCAGACCCUCGUCGUCUUCUUCGGCUUCAAUGACCGGGCCUUCGCCUCCAGCACAGCCCUCGAACGACGAGAUCACUGCUCUAUCAGGCGUUGUAAUCCCUGCUCUCGAAGCCGCUCUCCACCGCCGCGCAUACCAGCUCUCGAUGCUGCAAAAGUCAGCCACCGCGCAAUCAAAGUCCACACCUACUCCCCAGGACAUCAUGCUCAAGAGACAGGCACACGAACAGAUCCGUAGAUUGGUCUCGAAAGUGGGACGUCUCAUGAAGGACAUUGAUCACUGGGACAGCGUUGCACCGGUCGGCAUGGGCGAAGGUGUAGAAGGAUUUCUCGAGGGUGUUUUGGAGGAGAUUUUGUGCCGAGUGGAAGCCGAGGAUGCUUGA